AUGGCCACUAACUAUGAACUGCUCUGUCUCAUCUUCUCCGUCGCGCUUUCAGUACUACUUGGUCCAAAUUUUGCAACUGGUUCUUCAAUUGGAGUAUGCUAUGGAAUGGUGGCCAAUGAUUUGCCACCACCAAGAGAAGUUAUUGAUAUGUACAAAUUGAAUCAAAUCGGACGAAUGAGACUUUAUGAUCCAAACCCAGAAGCAUUAGAGGCCCUUCGCAAUUCUGGCAUAGAAGUCCUAGUUGGAGUCAGGAAUGAGGAUCUUCAACAACUUGCAGGCUCUUACUCUGCUGCUGAGAACUGGGUGGCAACAUACAUUACGCCUUAUUCACUGCAAGUCCAGUUUCGAUACAUAGUUGUUGGCAAUGAGGUCUUCCCAGGAAACUCUGCCCGGUAUGUCCUCCCAGCAAUGGAAAACUUGCAAAAUGCAUUGAGCUUUGGAGACAUUAAGGUCAGCACUUCAAUUGCAACAUCAGUCUUAGGUGUAUCUUACCCUCCUUCAGCUGGAGCCUUUUCUCAAGACACCAUAGAGUAUAUGGUGCCUAUUGCUCAAUACCUCAACAACAUUGGUGCACCUUUAUUAGCCAACGUGUACCCUUAUUUUGCCUACAUUGGAGACCCAAUUGACAUUUCACUGCCUUAUGCAUUGUUCACUUCUGAGACGGUCGUUGUGACAGAUGGUGGUUUAAGUUAUGAUAACCUGCUUGACACCAUGGUGGAUGCAUUAUAUGCAGCAUUGGAGAAAGCAGGUGCGCCCCAAGUCCAAGUGGUGGUGUCUGAGACAGGCUGGCCCUCCAAUGGGAAUGGAGAGGUGACAACACCCGAGAAUGCUCAAAUCUACAAUUCUAACCUAAUAAGCCACGUGUUAUCAUCCCGUGGAACUCCAAGGCGGCCGGGGAACUCCACAGAGACUUACUUGUUUGCCAUGUUUAAUGAGAACAUGAAGCCUGGUGCAGCAGUGGAGCAACACUGGGGUCUCUUUUAUCCAAACAAGAGCCAAGUUUAUCCUAUCAAUUUCCCAGUAAAAACAUUAAAGCACAAAACUUGGUUUCAGAAACUUAUGCAAUGGAUUAUACAAUCAGCUCAAAGCGCAUUUGGAAAGCAUAUUUAUGGUCAUAAUUAG